AUGGUAGUGGGCGCCGGUUCACUUCGCUUCUUCGGAGUCUUAUGGAUGGUCUUGUUACAUCAGACGACGGCCUCGGGUAGGAUUUUGUAAACAAAGCUUUCUGCGAGUUUUUUACUUAGUUUAUGCCAGAGACUUGUUCAAAAUGUCGAGUAAAACGUGAGAAGUUUUACCGUUUAACGAAGCCGCAGCCGGUGGCAUACACUUGAACAAAACUUUCGCUUUAUAAAGUCUGUUUGUUUGCUUGGCCAGCUUAUGGCGGGCAAUGAAAUGUUAGUUUACACCAGGACUCGAUGUUAAAAAUCAACAGCAGUUUUGAAAUCGAAGAUCUACGUUCAGGGUUUAUAGUACAUAGCUACUAUGAAUAUUUUACAUUGCAGGGAAGGUUUGAAACCGACGUCGGCGCUCCUCCGAACACACCCCUCGAUUUUGUAACACUCCCUAAAGUGUAAUUUGAGGCCAAAAUAGCACUUUUUUUUCGAAGUCAGAUUUAGACUUGCUUUUAUCUUUUCAUGGGACCUUCAUUUUAUCCGUUAAAGCACUAAGAAAAAGCCAAACUGCACAACAUUCUUUCUUGAUAACAACUAAUUCUGUACCUGCCCUUACGUUGCUAGGUUUUAACUGCAGUUCAGUGCAGUUUAAAUGCGAAAGCCAGCGAUGUAUUCCGUUGAGUUGGCACUGUGAUGGUCAAGAUGAUUGUGGUGAUAACUCAGACGAAAGAGGAUGCCGUAAGUUUGAUAUUUAUGCCCUAUUUCUUCUUUCUAUUUGAAUCGAAAUUUUGUACUCGACCGCGAAUGUACAUUAAGCUCUGUAUGUACAUGAGUCGAACGUAGAAGGUUAACCAACGUCCAGCCUUGACUAGUUUUAGUGUAUUUUUUAAUCUUAAUUAAAGUCAAUUCGUUAUCAUUUCGAUGUGUUGAGAAAAUGGCAAGUUUUACUUCAAAGUUGUUGUUUCUUUCCUGUUCCGUGAGGCGAUCUAGUAAUUUGAUAUUCAAAAUACUAAACAUCAACUGAAUAGCGCGAAUUAUCGUCAAAGCACAUAAGAUUUAUUGGUCUUUGGUUAUAUUAAUAUUGUUCUUCUAUUUGCGAGAGACAUCGAAAAUCAUUGAUGUAGAAGUUGAGGUAUAAUCUAGACAAGUUUUAUACUGACCUACAUGACAAAAAGUUAACGAACUAACCACUUCCUCGGAUCGACUGGCUUGAAUAAUAGAAAUGCUCUCGGGAAAUAAUUUCCAAGGCCCUCAAACCGUGACUCGCUUUUCGUACAGUAGCCUUCAUAAACUGCAGUUGAAAGAAUUUUCUCCUGUUUUAAAGGAAUUAUUUUAUUGCAAUGACUGUUUUUGUAACUACACGUUGAAAUGUUCGCUACAUGUCCGGCUAACUUUGCCGCCAUUGUUUAGGGGAAGAUCGUAGGUGUGUCGAGAUGGCUUUCAAUGAUUGGCCAGAAAUACCUCUUCCGGUAAUUUGCAUAUAACUAAAGUACGCAAUAGCUUUCGUAAAAGAGUUUUUGUGGUUUCUUUAACCUAAUUCGCCUGAGAUAAACGUUGAAAAACUUGCAAAUGUUGUAAUUUUCAUGUAAUUUCUAUAAUAAUAAAGAAACUUUGAAAUUUGAUCCGUACAAAAGACCGUGCAGUAAAAACGAAAUCGAGCGAAAGUAUUGUCUUAAUACUGACAAUACUGUGAUCAUUCCUUUCGAUAUAAUUACCCAGACGUUGGUAUAUUGUCUGACAUUAAACGUCAAAGUAGUGAUAAAUGUUGAAGAGCUAAAUAUUAUUUAAAGUAGACCCUCUGAUCUGAGAGGUCUCAAAAGUUUGUUUACAUUGUAGAGUUUGUUUUGAUCGAUGUGUUUUGAACCGUCUCGUAGGCAACAUUAGGCUUAAUUUUCCCUUCUUCUGUAUAUAUACAAUGAAGGAAUGUGCAAACGUAUACAAAACUGUACAAAAGGAAUCCCCUGUGAUCUACAAAAGAAUUUAGUAAGGCAUAUUACAAAACUAAUCUCUAGCGUUUAUCAAAGUGCAACAUAAAUGUUUAUGAACUUAAUCUGCAUUAGUUUUUAAAAUGAAAUGAAAAGAAAAUGGUUUCUUGUCAGUAGUGUCAUUAGACACAACAUAGGUCUCAGGGAUAGAUCUUUCAUAUGAAAUGUAACUUAUUGCAGAGAGUGAGCUAAUUCUAAAUGAAUCCUAGCCGUUUGUCAAUAUGCCCACCUCACAUGUUUAUCAUUAGCAUCACGUUUGUUAUACAUUCCUAGUCAUGUGAUAUAAACAUUAAAUUUAAACCUUGAUGUCAACUUGAAAUUUACUGUUGAUCCUUUUUUGCUGACAAAGCUAAAAUUUGUUUGGAACUAUAAAAUGUCAAUGUCCUUAGUUUACAUUUAGCAUCCUAUCAGGGUGCAAUGAAAAUCCUUUUUACAGCUUGCCAUUCGGGCAAGCUGAGGCUAGCAUUUACUAGCCCAGACAUCAUUUCAACUAGCCCCAAAAGCUUUCCGACGAGCAGAAUUGAUUGCAAGAAUAGCAAAAUCUACUAGCCCUGGGCUAUCGGACACUACUUUCUUUGCACGCUGCCUAUGUACUUUUGUUGCCACAUAUACUACAAAAAUCAAGUUCAACAGGUUUUAUUAAUACGGGUGACAAUUGCGUGUUCGAAACCAUAUGACAUAAGAAGCAUUAAAAAAUUGGCAAGAAACAUAAAAAUUAAGACCCUUUAAACCACUAGUGAUAAAAAGCUUAUGCUUAAGGAUGGUUGUACAAGGGUAGUUUCCAGUUUUGAAGUAAAACAAGGGUUCAAGACAUAAAACAACAACAGUGCAGUUAAGAACAAAAAUGUAUUUUCACAAGAGAUUGUCGACUAUGUCUUCUUGAGUGUUAAAAAACUCUUCCGAGGCUUUACAGAGGUUCCAAACAGUGCAAAGAUCUCUUGAAAAAGGGUCAGUACUUGCAUGAUUAUACUUCAUUUUUUUAGCGCUUAGCACAUACCACAUUCGAAGGGUGCACUUCACUAAACUGCCAAGAAAAAAAUUGGUACCUCUUGGAAGACAAAUUAAAGAACUCUUGGAGCAAAAGCAAUAUGAAACAAUUCAUUUCAUUUCAGUCAUAAUUAUUGAGAAUGUUAAAAACGGUUGGACGUGAGGGUCAGGGAGGAAGACAAUUGUACCAUGGCUAGAGAUGAUAAUUUGUCUUGUGCAAGUUCUGUAUUAUAUAGGGUUAUUGGUUGCAUUAUUUCAGUUGUGGCACUGCCUAGGUCAGCAGUUUUCACUGGAAUUCAAGUUGGUUUGCAGACCUGGAAAAAUCACUUCAGUUACAUUGACAAAACUCUUGCGAAAAUAUGUCCCUGGGGUAGAGGGUAGAUAAACAUGCAGGCAACGCAGUUGUUAUGUUUUUCUCAACACAGAGCCUGCUAGCAAGAAAGUUCAUAUAUAGUUCAACUUGUGUUUUGUGAUAAAUUAGGCAAUGCAUGACACCAUUGUCAUUGCCUUAAAACAAAACACCCUAGGAGAGUUUAAAGUUCUUUACCAGUGGGGUCAUGUGUAUCGACACGAGUGAUACAAUCAGGCAAUAAUGCACUCAUGCAGGUUUGAUUAACCAAACUAGAAGGUCAGUGAAGGUUUUAAAAAGCAAUAGCCGUGCUACAUCGGACUUUGAAUCAAAAUAACCAAAUGGGAGAAAAAAACAGCGUGAUGUGUUGAGGCUAAUUUGUUGCAUUAGAACAUUAGCUAAAGAACCACUAACAGUACCCUGCACGCAGAUGUUUCUUUCUACACGACUCACAAACUACGCGAAUGACUUCGUAAAUGCUAAAAGCCUUAAGAAACCUCUGUUCGCAAGGUAGACAAACAGCAGACGCAAUUCCACAAAGCUGAUAAGCCGAAUGUUGGUUUAAUGUGUAGUUGUGUAGAAUGAAGACAACGCGAGUUUGUCUUUUAACGCCUAGUUUGCUGCUGAUGUUUAGCUAGUUCAUGAUUUCUUUUUUAUUCUAUUUUUUCCCUGCCCUUUUCUUCUCUUAUUGUUUUGACUGAACAGUACUUUGUUGAUGCUGAUCGGUAUAUCGCGUGACAAUCUUUAAUUAAGGUGUGGCAAAGUAUACACUGACAGUGGUUUCAAAAUAAGACUACGCAAUUUAGAUACAAACUGUUGCGUAAUACUUUCGUAUUAAAACACUGGUUAUCAGCUCAUCAACAGCUGAUUUUUAUUUCUAGAAAAACCUCACAGUUAACGUGUAUAAAAGACAAAGUUUACCUAUUCAGGGAUUUGGCAUAAUGUUUACAUUUUUGUGACAAAGGAAUGAAAUCAAACAAAUGAAAUGAAUACCAAACACGUUUUUUCUAUUUAUAAGUGCCUGCAGAUCGAUUUACAAAAUUUAAAUGUCGGAAAUGUUUUCAAAACAUCAAUAUUGUACUUCAUUUCCUGACUACUGGGACUUCAUCUGGUGUGCUUGUGCUAGGUUUCUUUUUUUUCUCUCUUAAUUAUUAAGCUAAGCUUUCUGCAGAGACUAACUGACGACCCGAGUCGCGCAACAUUCAUUUUUCGCUCCCAUCGCCGUCUGUCGAACUUUUCACGAGAUUAGAAAAAUUGUCAUGUCAUGAAAUGAUCGGACAUUAUCCUCAUAACCAAAAAAGGGUCAUUUUUGCUCUUCAAUGAUGGAUGCAUAUUUUAAUCAUUCGUCAUGGCUGCUGCUGUAACCCCGAGAGUCGAUCGGCACACCCUUUUUAGACGGGGCGGAGGGGGGAGGAGGGGGGUGAACCUAAUUACUUUUAGGGACAACCACUUUCAGAUCUACUGUAGUUUAAUUGUUUCAUUGACGUAGGUUAACGUGGUGUUCAAUCGUUGGUACCUCGUAGAGGUUCCAAAUGUACGUGCACAAAACGAUAUUCUGGGACAGCUUUGUGGAUUUUCCUUCUUUGCAAAUUUCCCCGCGCUCAUGUUUUCGGCUGCCUUUUACUUGCGCCUCAUCCCUACUCUCUGAGAGCCUGGAACAGGCUAGUUAUUGAUCGACUACUCCUGCCUUUUUAUGAGAAUAUCUCCCCCCGGAACUGUGCUUUAAAAUGGCGUAACAUAUUUUAGUUGUCGGCGAUAUUGACCCCCUGAGUGUUGCGCGCCGUUUGUUUCAAAAUUAUUUUAGGAUCGUUUGUUCCAAAACUUCAAGAAAUUUCCAUUGGCUAUUCGGAAUGGAAAGACAAAGAUGUAUUUCUUCCAAAAUAUUGUUAACGAGAUUGUGAAAACUUGGCGCUGUGAUGUGAUAACUUUUCUAAGAUAUGUUUUUCAAAAGAAUUUAAUUCUGCUGUUUACAUGUAUGUGUUGAUCAGUCGAUGAAAGAUAAGAAAUAUGUUAUCCUGUGAAUUCAAAGUUUGCAUUGUUAAUUGUGUUUUUAACCCCGUCUUGGUCCAACUCCUCAGAGAGCUUGGUGUGGAAUUUGGAACAUGGCCUUUGUGUAUCAAGACAGAAGAGCGACUUGAGUGGUCUCUCAAAACAAUCUCUAUUUGAUUAAUCCUUUUUAAGCAAAGAAAUGUUAGGUACUGGUAACUUUAAACAUUAGCUCUUAAGUAUUGCUGUCACUGAGAACCACGGAGAUAUGAUUUUGAGAAUUCCACGCUCGGAGUGAAACGCGUGUCGUGGCGACACGCAACAAGUUGAAUGGCAUGAAAGGCCGCACGAACUUCAGGUCAUGAUUGAGUGCUUGUUAAAAGUUACUAUGUGAAUAAAUACCUACAUAAUUUAAAACAAGUCGUAUUCAUGAAAAGUCUGUAAGCUUUGUUUUGGCAGUUAGAACACUGGUUGAACAAAUAGUGGACUUAAUUGUUCUUCGAAAAGGAAGAUAAUCACAAAGUCAGUUUUCUAUAUGAACGAGCCCGCUAAAUUUGUAAAAACGGCUCACAGCGUCCCUCCACAACUGAACAAGGUGGAUAAAUAUCUUUCUCCUCAGACGGUAACGGGUUAACGAAAAAAAUUGUGUAUGCUGCAAAAUUAAACACGCUCGCUUUAAUAUAAAAGAGGAGAAAGGGAUUAAUCAAACAAGUGCAAGGGCUCAAAAAAGUUUCGUCGUUCAGUUAACCUUACUUCUGGUUUUCGUAUGAUUUGAUCAAAUUUUUAAAUUAAAACUGAAUUAUCAAUCUUUCUGAGUUUUAAAUUUCUUAAUAUGCUCAAACACCUGAACACACCUUCUCCAGUUCGACAAGAAUCUUCCCUUUGUGACAUAAUUUCCCUUAAAUCCAGUCUAGUCUUAUAUAUUUUGUGUAUAUUAACUUUGCGAUUUGAGGAGACAUUAGAAGAGUUAAGAAUACAUAAAUAAUCGUCAGACUUUGUGGUGACUUGGGUUUCGUUCUCUCUGCCAUCUUCUAUAACUUUAUGGAACUGCAGUUCAAACUUCCGACGGGAGGUCUUCCAAAACCUCCCCCCUCCCGCCCCCGCUCGACCUCCGAGCCUUCUCCUACCGUAUAUGCCCUUAGCCUGCAGGCGAGGGGAGAAAAGUGUUCCCCUCGCGCGGCCUGCAAAAAAAAUAAAAUAACCGGCACCUGCUACGUAGGCCUAAUAUGCCCUCAGAGCCAUACUCGUCUCUAAACCGACGGUCUUUUAUAUUAGCAAAAGAGUUUUGAGACGCUGAUGCAUCACCUCUCGUUUUCUUAUCUGCUUCAGGCCAACACGUAUGUGAUCCAACUGAAGAAUUCACGUGCGAUAAUGGCAAGUGUGUCCCCACAAGCUUUGUCUGUGAUGGGGCUGAUGAUUGCGGAGAUGGCAGUGACGAAGCUACUGACAGCGGACCUCGAUGUCGUAAGUAUCAACAUCGCAGCAUAGUUGAAUAAUUGUGAUAAAAGCACACUCAGUGAAAAGUGGCUGGCGUCCUCGUUUGAGCGCUGGCUACCCCACUCUCUUUGAAUCAACAAGGAAGCUCUCUAUCUGCAACUGGCUCUCUAGCACUUCCUUCAUCAAAAACUGAUAAAAUGCUCGCAUUUAAAUCGGCACCUGCUUUUUGGAUUUUCGUAUCUUUGUUAUGAUCUAAUUCUUUACCGGUCGUACUUCUAUUUAAUUUCAGCGCCUGUCUCGCAAACUUGUAGCACCGGCGACUUCACUUGCGCAAAUGGGAAUUGUAUCGACGCCAGACUAAAAUGUGACACUGAGAAUGAUUGUGGCGACAACAGCGAUGAACAGAACUGCGUUAUUCGUAAGUAUUCUCUACUACACUCGAACCUCUACUAAUUACCACCUCUCCACAACGGCCGCCUCUCUACAAUGGCCCCUUUUUUGGCGGACAGUCCAUACAUUGACUCUUGUUUAGAAACUCUCUUUACAACGGCCACCUCUCUACAACUACCGCUUUCUUCUGUCUCUUAAGAUGGCUGUUGUGAAGAGGUUCACCUGUAAUUUGCUAUAACAUAUAAAGCCUGCGUUGGAGAAAAACGGCGACGCCAGUACCCGCGAGUGAAGAGGACCCGCGCGGCGAGAGAUGAAGAUCUUUAAGAACUCUCCUCGCUAGUUUUGGUUGCUAGGCCGGUAGCCUGAGAACUGAAGCGCCGAGAUUCCGCGACGCCACCACUGAUUUCUCCGCGAAAUGAAGUCCAAGGGUAGAACACUGAAGUUCUAUACUGAUGACGCGUCAGUGUUCCGAUCCGGGUAGUGUUACGCUGAUUGUAUGAAGAGAAUUUUCAACCAAUCAGAAGCACUACUCAGAUAGAUCUGGGUAGUGACGCGUCAUCAGUGUGGAAUUUUUGCGCUCAUUUCUCAGACGUCAUUUCGCGGGGAAACCAGUGGUGACGUCGCCAUUUUAUUGUUUUUGAACCGUGCUUUUUUUUAAUAUCCGCGCAUUGAUACGGUCUAGGUGAAACACCGACUUUUCUUUUCGUCCAGAAACAGUUAAUUAAGUCUCUAAAUGGCAGUUCAGGUAAUUAAUUUUAUUUUCUGUCUUUUUUAGCCACAUGCUCACCCAACGAGUUUCUUUGCAAGAAUAGCAGAUGUAUUCAGUUAGAUUUUAGAUGCGAUCUGGAGGAUGACUGUGGCGAUCGAAGUGACGAGAGAAAUUGCCGUAAGUGUCGGUGAUUUUCUUAAGUUUCUUUCAUUUCAUUGUAUUAAAUGAUCGUUAAAAUCUUUAUUUCUCUUGUACAAUUGUAGACCAAGCCACUUGUGAUCCUUCCGAGUUCCGCUGCGUGGAGAGUGGGCGCUGUAUUCGUGGUCGGUACCGCUGUGAUGGAAGGGACGACUGUUUAGAUGGGUCAGAUGAAUUAGGCUGCAACUUUACAAGUAAGAAUCAAUUAUGUCGAACAGUUGGCCUGAUGAUAAUAACAUCCAUAGAGAGAUUUAGAGUUAAGUUUACAGCGAACGGCAAACGUAAAUUUGUAGCACAUUACCGAGUGUUCCGUUUGGCCCUUUAGGUCCCAAGAGUGACCAACAUCAGUUUUCUCCUAACAACAUCAGCAGAUAACAAGAGUAAAAGUUAUGAGAAUUACUAAACUGAUUACCAAAGGGAAAACACUUUGAUCUUAAACCAAAUUCUCUCAACUAAUCUUAAAAGAAAUGUAUAGAGAUCAGUUUGGAGAAUUUGUGUGUGAAUCUUUACUUCUUUCUACGUCAAAGUGUGUCCAGGACGGACCACCGUGACCGUCUUCUCAUUUUAAAUAUUUCUUUCUUCAUAGCUUCAACAAGACCUACGCCACCCCCACCAAAAUGUCGAAGAAACGAAUGGCUGUGUGCUGACAAGAGGAACUGUAUUCACACCAAAUGGAUUUGUGACGGAGCAGCAGACUGCGAUGACGGAAGUGACGAAUCUCAAUGUGGUAGGCAUGCGCACUUAUUGUAGUCGAAGAGUAUUGCACUCAGUCUCUUGACCUGACAUUGGUUGUUGGAAAAUUUCAGGAAACGUGGGCUGCACGCCUGAAGAAUUCACUUGUGGAAAUCAGAGGUGCGUUCCCGCCUCUCAACGUUGCAAUGGUAAUGAUGACUGUGGUGAUGAGAGCGAUGAAAGAAAUUGUCGUAAGUAAAGUUUGCUGAAUUUUUACGUAAUCUAUUGUCACAGCACUCACUACAUAUGACACGAGAGUAGAAUGGCUAAACACAGAGUAUUUUUUUUUAAAGUAAUAAACAAGUAUCUUAUCCUACGUAAAUUUAAUGAUUAGAUAUAAAACAAACUUUUUAAUCACUCAAAUAAACAAUACCUAAACCCAAUAAACAUAAUUUAAACCAUUAAUAACGCGUGCUAAAUCACGGAAUUUGAGCUUAGAGAGUUUCUCCUAAUUUAAUUUGCAUCAUUGUUGCUUUUUUCUUGGCCGCGGCGAGCGAAAAAAGUUAAAAACGUUUCUCGAGUAAGAUCGUAACAUCACCAUUCAUCUAUAAUGCUGAUUUAUAACAUAACAAGUUAAAUUAAAUUGACCUAUAGACAGUAGCCCAUACCGACACAUAACAUAUCGUCUAACCUUGAUCUUAAUUAACACUCAGUAAUCACAAUUAUCGGCAAAAUAGCUACUUGCGGCUACUUUUUUACUGAAAUAAACAAAUCAACACAGUAAUCAAAAUUUCAAUUUAAUUUCAAAACUUAUAAGGCGUAAAUAUCUAUAUAAAUAUAUUCAAAUCCGCCAACUGAAUAACUCAAGUUUUGCGUUUGAUGUCUUCCAUAUUAUUUGUCGUUCAUUUUUUUCUUUUUUCAUUGCAUUUGGUCAUUUUGCUGGGCUUUCUACUUUCUACUUUUGUAACUCUCACGAAUAUGCAAGGGUUUCUUUAACUUACCUCUGUUCUCUAUUAAUUCAUACUAACGCGGGUAUUCUGUAAGCCUGGACUAUUAUUUAUGCCUCAUUUGCACUUAUUUAUUUCUGGGGAGCAUGGCUUUGUUUCUUCAAUUAAUGCUAAUUUAUUCUGAACUUGUACUAAUUUUUCCGGGCUACUGUCUUCAAACCCCAGCUCCAACAACCCCGUCUGUCACAAGUACGAUCACGAUUUCAACAACUUUAACGCCGUCGCGGCCGGAGCCAACGCCUCAAAACCAUACUCGUAAGUACCGUGCAUGCAAGUCUAAGGAGGAAAAAAAUUCUUUUCGAUUGAGUGGUAAACUAAGUUCGUUAAAUAAAUGUUAAAGACGCUUUGUAGUGUAUGUUGUGUUAAGCAGACUAUGGAGUGAUUUUUGACAAGUUAAACAAGAUAAUAUUAAAAUAAUAAUAGUUUAAAACAAAGUUAAAACUAGGUUAAACUAUGCUAGGUUUUAUUAGUUAUGGAAAAAAUAAUGUGUCCUGCAUUAUUAACGUAAGCCUUAAUUUAAUCAGGGACUUGCCAGACGUAGUCUAUGUAUAAAAAGUAGUCUCCUGAUGUACGAAGCUAUCGCCAGCUUAGAUAGCUUACGUUACAAAAUAAAACUUGCGUCAAAGCUUUUGUCAUCAAAACGUAAUUAUGAGGACACUAAGAGAGCUUUCUCUCUUGAGGACAGCCCGACAAGACGCUGUUUAGUAAAACCCUAGCUUUGGUAUAUAGUUGGCUUUCGCUGCUUACAAUAUCAAACUUCCAAUUGCGGCUCGCCACAUGUAAUGGAUUGCGGAAUCCGGGAAAUUUUUGCUUGUGGAAUCCAGAAUGUGGGAAAAUUUGCUUGUGGAAUCCGGAACCCGGAAAAUUUUACUUGUGGAAUCUGGACUCCUGGGUUUUGGAAUCCGGAAUCCCACUAUCAAUUGGAAUCCGGAAUCCAGAAGCCAAGUUCUACUGACAAAUACUGGAAUCCAGUAAUUGUAAUCCGGAAUCCACAACGUGGAGUCCAGAAUCCAAGACUGUCCUGGAUUCCCUCACAUGGGGCGAUACGGGGGCAGUGAAAGAAUGGUGGCAGACGGCUGUACUCUCACAAGCUGUAAGAAAACAACUGUCGCAAACCGUUUUAAUGAUCGGUUGAAAACCGCUUUCUUUCUUUCAGCCACCACGCCCUCCACUUUCUGUAAGCCAGGCCAAUUUCGCUGUGGCAGCAGCACCACCUGCAUUGAUGACAGUAAAGUUUGUGAUAAACACCCAGAUUGCACCCACGGGGAGGAUGAAACCAAAUGCGGUGAGUACAAAAGAACUUGGCAACUAGCCGUGAACUCCCCGUCCCCCUCCCCUCCUGGGCCAUGAGCGGUAGGGGAGAGGGGAUGUGAUUGUUGAAGAGGCAACGCAAGAAUUCUUUUCAGCUCUGGUUAGCAUUCUUGCCUUUCCGAGAGUUUAACUUUGGAUCGAAUCUCGCUUCGAGCCUUUCCCUCUCAGCGCAAUACCCACUGUCUGAACGCCUGCUGACAGGCUGAUCACUUUAAUUUUCUCCUUGGCAAGGAUUCAUAUUUUUCUCUAGAUAAGAUUCAAUGCCACUAACUAAUACCCAAUAUUUUAUUUUGACGAUUAAAGGGAGUAUUAUUUAUUUGUUCCUUUGGUAGUGACCAUCCCGGAAAAACCAUGAAAGUGUAUUACCAAAAACAACAACAAAAAUUGCGCCAUAAAAAUCCAAGAAAACGUGACGCAGAUCUUGAACUAGCACUUAAUCAGUUAAGUCUUCGCCGAUAUAAUCUGAAGAUGAAUGGAUUUAGAUCUAAAACAUAAUGAAUUUCUUUCACAUGUGUUUAGAUAUAAACGAAUGCGACAGUUUCAACGGCCACUGUCUCCACACCUGUCACGACACGAAGAGUGGGUACUACUGUUCAUGUUACGCAGGCUACGAACUGGCCGAUGAUAAAAGGAGCUGUCAAGGUGAGGGUCUGGAAACUAGCAUUCAAGUCCAUACCUAAAAUGUUUUAGAGACGGUAAGCUGUUAUUGAUAGUGUGACGAGUUGGGCAUGUAAAAACUGCUGUGUGAAAGCCGCGUUCAAGGUAGUCGAAAAAUGUUAAGCCUCCGUCAACUCUAUACAUGUAUCUUCCUUCCUGCGUAAAAGGAAACCGUUCCAGUUGGUGUGUACCAGAGCAUAAAAGAUCGCUGCAUUUUCAGAAAAAAAAGCAGUGAUGCUUUAAUAAACAUCCUUAGCUUGUAAUGUAGCUCCAAUUAGGAACGCAUUACGAGUCCCUAACAACGUCUGAGUAGAAGCCUAAUUUCUAAUUACUCAAUACUUUGUUGUCGUUAUCUGUCGUGAAUGUUGACCAUCGAUGUCCUCGUUUCUAUUUUGCCAGACAUUAACGAGUGUGAAAUACCAGGGAUGUGUAGUCAGGGUUGUUACAACACCAAAGGAAGCUUUAAGUGUUCAUGUAUUGAAGGUUACGAGUUGGAUCCUGAUGACAGAAAAUGCCGUGCGAAAGGUAGUUGUUAAAAUUUUUUUUUUAACUUGCAAAGCUACGGUUAUUAUUUUACCGAUUUUUAUUGUAACGUUUGUUCCUGCCUCGAUGAUAUCCAAAAAAGGUUCAGUGAAAGUCCGUUUCUGUGUUACUUCAUUACGCUUUUUAUUUUUCUUGCAAGCCAAUAGGAUCCUUAUCUUUUAGGCAAUUGGAGGUCCACAGUACCUCACUUCUUGAACCUGCUGACAAUUUAAAACCAAUUAACCACAUUGCUUUCAAUUGCUAAGAAACACUUGAUCGUUUAUUAUAUCACUUUGGUGUUGCUUAAUGAGUUUCUCUUAUUUAAACUUGUCUUUUUUUACUGUUAGGUCCACGCCCUUCGCUCAUCUUCAGCAACCUCCGAAACAUUCGUCAAAUAAAGACAGAUGGUUCGGAAUAUAAAGAUGCUGUAGCAAGACUGAAGAACGCCGUGUCGCUGGACUUUGACAUCAAAACGAGCAUGAUUUACUGGACAGAACAGUCAGAGAAGAAGAUACAACGCGCCCGUAUCGGUGCAAACACCUCCUCGAAAAUUAUCAAUGUCAUGGAACAGGGUUUGGAGCGCCUAUCAAAGAUUGCAGUGGACUGGGUCGGGAGAAAGAUCUACUGGGCCAGUCAAGGUACGCGUAAUAUUUCGUUAAGCUUACUCUGUUUAGCAAUCUGAGUAGCACCGUAGAGGUAUUCACAGGUCGAGCUGUAAAAGCAGACUGGGUGCGCAAAAGAUAUAAGCAAAGCCAUUAGGACGGAAAACACGACGGCGCGCCGGUUGAAUGUUUAAUGUCGUAGAUACAUUAUAUGUUAAGUGCAUGCGGGAAGAAGUUCCUUACCAGCAUUUCACUACAGCUGAGCAGUAGCCAACACUCUUCAUUUCAUCGUGUAUUACUUUAUUUUAUUUGGAUUUAUUUCCUCAUUAUAUAUUGUCGAGUAGUCUUUCUCACGUAACUAAACUUAUCAGUUAAAAGUAUUACUCGUUCCUCGCUAAUAGGAACAGAAGGACAAAAUAUAUUCUUUCACUUAAAAGCUCUGUCUUGUUUGUUCUACUCAGAUUCAAUCGAAGUGUCAGAGCUAGACGGUUCCUUUCGUCGCACGCUGAUCCGAGGCGGUAUUGAGAAGCCAAGCUCUCUUGUUCUGGAUCCAUCUGAAGGGUGAGGCCAUAGACGCUAUUUUUUUUUUUUUUUUUUUUUCACCUGAGAGUUAAGGAAGCUGGUCUAGUGGUCGAUUGGUUGAUCUCGCAAUCCGGCGGCGCCUGGUUCGAGUUUCAUUCUGACCACUUGCUGAAUUUAUUCUUGAUUGCCCAGAAUAGCUGAGACCCUCGUCCACGCGCGCUUGUAAACAGUCAACCUGUUGCCUCCUACCGGUUGGCGUGGGGUUUAUACUAUGAACCAUGUCAUGUUCUAUUUGGAUGAUUUGUUUUCAGUUGUUUGAGUGGAUGCCUGUCAACUAGCUGGAUACUAAAUUCACUGCUAGUUUUCAAGCUUUAUAUUUUAAUGCGGGUCUUACAGAGAUAGUCCAUGCAGAGGUUUAGAAUAAAACCGACUUGUGCAGAGUUAUUUGAAUAGCCCAUUAUCUUAUGUAUCACAAUCCGAAUCUGAAACUCAACAAAUUGAGAAAUGUAUGUGUAAUGAAAUUUAUAUAUUCAUCAUUUUAAACUUAUAUUUGUUAUGCUCUGUCUCAUAAGGCUUCUCUAUUGGACGGACUGGGGAGACCCCGCUAAAAUUGAACGCGCAAACAUGGACGGCAGCGACCGCAAAAUCCUGAUCAGCGGUGUCCACCUUGAAUGGCCAGUGGAUCUAGCGAUUGAUUAUACGACCAGGAAACUUUACUGGAUUGAUGCUAAACUGAAAGUCAUUAAGCACUGUGACUUAGACGGAUCAAAAGUCCGUCAAGUGGUGAAUCAGGGCAUCAAGGAUCCCUCGGCAGUGACCUUGUUUGAAGAUCACAUGUACUGGAUCGAUGAAAAGAAAAUCUACAAGGCGAAUAAGUUCACAGGGAAGAACGUGACGGUUUUAGUGAAGGACGCUUUUUCGCCCAAGGAUCUGCACAUUUACCAUCCACAGAGACAGCCCCAAGGUAAGAGAAGUGAAGAUCGCUUUCAAAACGCUAUUAAAACAACUAUAAAUUAACCAUUUGAUAUUCUGGGGUCAUGGUAAAUUCAAACGCCAAUCAUUCGCUAGAAAAAAGUUGCCAACCAUAGGAUUUAAGUUGGAAAUUUGGUAGUGUUAAAUGUCAUUAACGAAAAUCUUAUAUUUUAUUCUUCUCAGCUGUUAAUCCUUGUUCCGAGGACAACGGAAAUUGCUCUCAUCUCUGCCUGCUUUCCAAAGGCAAGAGUUUUAGCUGCAGCUGUCCGAACGGGCUUUAUCUUCAAAUGGAUGGGAAAACAUGUAACCAAAGUAAGUCACUCACUUGCUUACAAUAUUAGUUUAUUGGUUUUCUCUGCCCCGCUUUGUCGCGUUAUGGUCAUAGCAAACUAUAGCCUCGCCACAUCUAAGGAAAUCCGGAAUCUGGAAAAUUUUUUAUUGUGGAAUCCGAAAUCCUGGGUUUUGGAAUCCAGAAUUCAGCUCAAGAAAUCCGGAAUCCCGGAUUCCAAGUUCCACCGACAAGGAUACUAGAAUCCAGUACCUGGAAUCCGGAACUGACAGUGUGGAAUCCAGAAUCCAAGACUGUCUUGGAAUCCCUUAUAUGGGGAGAAUAGCCAAUCAGAUUUGUUAAUAACUGUUUUCUCCUCUUUAUACUAUACUAUAGCCGAUUAUAUUUGUCAUUAACUAUUUUCUCCUCUUCCUAAUAGCCUCGCCUCCAGUUACAGAAACAACAACUCCUCUUUCACCUGUUAGUGUGAAUUACACAUCAAACCCGUCUGUGAACAUUGUUGACAAACAGACUGGCUCAGAUGAGAGUAAACCAAAUUUUGGACUUAUCUUUGGAAUUCUGGCCGGUGUUUUCGUGGUGAUUGUCACUGUAUGUGUAGUCUUGGUUGUCAUUGCGAGGAAAAAGCGUUCACCACGACUUCAGUAAGUCAAUAAAAAUUAAAAAGGCCCUCAAUACAAAUGAGGCUUAUUUCUCUUGCAAGGAAUUAAUAACUUUUGGGAAAAAUUUGGAAAUCUGUGGAGAAAAAAUUGCCGCUUGCUCACAGAACCAUUCCUUUUCCUUUAGGGGUUACAUCUACAAACUCACAACCUAGAACCCACCUUGUACUGUUAUUAAUAAAGCUGAGUUGCACUGGCAAUGUAUGAUAUUGUUCAUUAGCUUUCAUUUGAAUGGUCACAAAGUUUCUUUGGGUUUUCACUCAGGGGCUAAAAAAAGCAUUGACACAGAAAGGUACUGCGCAUUAGCUUUCAUUUGAUCUUAGUAAAACGAAAAUAAAAAGGAAACAGGAAGCUCUUCAAAUUUUUCCAUGGCACUUAUCUAAUACGUUUUCAAAUUUGAUUUCAGAAUUGUAUACACCGUUGACAAUGAAACAACAAACGACAAAGCAAUGAUGGUAAACAGCAAGCAAAGCAAGAGGGCGGUUAUAUUUAAAGGAAAUAUUAACAGAGACUUUGAUAACAUCAACUAUGAUGAUCAGAAAACUGAAGAAUAUGAUGAGGAUGAUGAUGAGAGGAGACCAGUUAUUCCUUUUUCUGACGGUGACAUCGUAUAACAUGACAGCACGGUCUCUAAAAAUUGUGGUCUUUUCUACGCGAUCAACGUGGGUGAAAGAAAUUUUCUUUAUGGUAAAGGAUUUCAGUUGUUUAGACCAUGGCCGUCUGAAGUGGCCUCCCCCGGUCCCCACACCAACACCUUUCUUUUCAAGGGGUGCAGCACGAGAUAAUUCAAAGCGGGUAGGAGAUACACGUCUUUCCAUCCAAUCUCAAGAGAUUUUGUCAGUCAAGAAAUCUUGAUUGAAAUGAGUUGAACCCCCACUAUCAAAGGAGUUCGUAGUAACGUAUAAGUUCCAUUGCUUAAGUUAUAAAACUAACCAGUUAAAAGGCUAAUUUAUCACAUUGUGAAUAUGUGAAGUGAAAUUAAAUUAUUUAAUUUAAUUUAUUCACGCUAUCAAACGCUCGACAGAAAAUAGUAUAGGCUUCAUAAAAUACAGGCACUUAAUCUGUCUUGGCGAUAACACGAUGCUGGAUGAGUUCAGCUGUUAUCGACAUAACGGAUGAGUGCAAAUCGACAAGUCGUUGUCAUUUGAAAUAUGAGGCCAUUUUUAUGGCCUCCAAUAAGCGACCAUUAUCGCUGGCGAAUUGCGUAACAGAAGCUUCAAAUUGCUCAUGUUGUGGUUCUUUGCUAUGUUUAUUUUCUUGGUUCAAGCGUUAUUUUCCUUUGUUGGUUGUGUAUUAUUAGAAGGUAAAUUAUGAAACUAGUAAAGGAGAGUAAUUAUUGAACCAAAGAAAAAUUGAGUCGUAACAAUCAACGGUUACCUCUCACCGUUAAAAGCUUGCAUGAUUUGUAAGUAAUACAAAAAUGAUUGUGACGCAAAAUUAUUUUUUGUAGUUCCAGUUUCCCAAUAAAAUGGAUUGAACGGAAGUGCUUUUAUUUUCAAAUUCUGUCAUUAACAAAUUAGGGCAUCAGCGGGCUGUAUGUUCGAAAUACAAUAAUUUUUUCUAACUCAGUAUAUGUACAUUUAUUUAGUACGUAAUUUGCAUUAAACAGAGUGGUUUAAUUUUAUAUAGAGUGUGGAUAUUAUUAUGCGACCUAAGAGUGCAGGAAUUAAGUAUUUGGUAUAUAGUUUGGUUUUAAUGUAAUCGUAUUGAGUUUGUUAUGUAAAAACGGUAACUAAGAAUAUAAUCGCAUUAUUUAUUAUUUAUCCUUUAGUUGCACGAAGUUCAUAUAAGAGGCAAGCCAUUUAUCCUCUUUAGGUAUUUGUUCCCUUUGCGUCUAGUUUAGUUUUUUAUUACACAAACAAAGAAAAUUUCAGGGUAAAAAAUUGUCAACUAAAUCAGAAGAUAAAGAUAUAUUAUCGAGUCUGGUCUUACCUAGUUUUCUUAGUGUAGAAGUUCAACUUUGUUAAAAUUAUGAAGAAAAAAAAACAAACACACAAAUUAAAAUUGAUAUUUCCUAGUAAAAUGGACGAAUACCUUAAUUUGUCUAUUAUAUUUACAAGACAAAACGUCGUUGGCUCUAGUUUCACGUCUUUUGAAACUCAAAUUAAGAAAAGAGAGAUCUUACCAGUGCUUCUGAUUGGUUGUGCUGCGAGGGAAAUUCGCUUCGACUAAUCAGAAUCAUCUGGGUAAUGACGCGUCAUCGGUAUGGAAUAUUUCCGCGCCGUUUCCUCAGACGAAAUUUCGCGGGGAAACCAGUGCUGACGUCGCGGAAUGCCAGCUGUUUUCUUAGGCUGGUUGUCCCGUUGCGAUGUCUGGCUGUUCCAAUGAUUAGAUAUGUUGGGUCGAAAUUAACUCCAACAAAUUUGUAGUGAGAGUUUUAUGCGCUAGCACAAUCGUCUACACCGUGUGUAUUUGAGUAGGUCAUCGAGAUCAUCAGCUCCAUUUUUUGCAAUUUAUUCACGCUUAACACACUUUUUUCGUAUUCCAGUAUAUCUAGUAAAUGAGUGUUUAUUAGCCCGUUAUGUUAUUUUGCACCAUUUAUGCUGUUAGUCCUUUAUUCCUUGUCCGCGAUCCAUUCCACCAAAAAUUCUGGCAAGUUUGAAAAGGCCAAAACCAAGUCGUGAAAGGUUUUUAGAAAAACUGAAAUCGGCUAUAUUUUGAAAGCGAAACUUUGUACCAAAAUUUCUCCUAAAUUAAAAUAAUUGGGUUCAGCGGAAAAUUCCAGGAAAUUUUGGAAAAAUAAGACCAGAAACAAACUGUUCCAUUUCAGGCAUUGAGCUUUGGAAGUUUCAAAAUUGGAUAUUUUGUAGAGUGGGUCACGCCCUUUCUUUGUUUCUACGUUUUAUGCUGAGAAAUAAAACUCUUACUUGAAGUACUGAUUAAUUGAUUUGUAAGAAAAAUUGUGGCUGCAAGCACCUUUCGUCAACCUGAUAAGGCGUGUUUUCAGCGACAAUGUUACUUAUAAAUUUUUUUUUGAAAGUCUCCUAUCACAAAUUAUGUCUGAGAAAGCCUUAACGUGGGUCACAGUUAAGCUAUUGUUUAUGAAUUAAGUCUGUGUUAAUAUGUUUGGUUGUCAGUCGAUAAACAAUUUAUAUUAUAUAAUACGAUCGCCCCUGUGAUUUGGAGUAACUAUAUUGGGCAGUUAUAAAGCUUGAAUUUCUGAAUUGUACAUAUUAAAACUAAGCUGUAAAUAAGAAAUAGGUAAAUAUAAUUCCUUGCUUAUAUAUAUUUAAAGAGAUGUACAUCUUUAGACAUCAAUACCUAGGAAAAUUGAUGUUUUGUUGUGUAAAACGUUUCUGUUAAAGGGGUCUAAUCCUAGGCUGAAAUGGGAAUUGUGUGGUGAAAUAUACCCAUAUACUUGUAGAGUUUAUGAUUGGAAUGUCCCCCCUGGAUCCCGCCAUUGAAAAUUUGAUUAGGUCAUAAAACACAAAAACACGUGGUGGAAUUCGAGAAACAGUAGUCCCAAACUUAUUUGCUGAACAUGCAUCUUAUUUCAACCUGAUGUGAGUCGCAAAUCUAUGUACAGACAAACUUUAAUAAAUUUACAAAUUUAUCAAUUAAGCAUGCUUUAUUAUUAAGCACAUUCCAUUGCCAGUAUUUGCAUGUUCCUUUUCAGCCUAAAAAGAAACCUGCCAUUUAAAAACGUACUUUCCUGUUCAAAUGUCAAGCAGAAAACAUAUUUCGUAUUAGCUGUUUUGCCUCCAAUUAUAGUUGUAGCUUUCUGUUAUAGCUCAGUGAUGUUUUGUUUUUUUAAAACCUAUUAGUCAAAUUAAGCUUAACGUUAUUGUGUUAGUUGAGUGUUUAUUGGACCAAUUUCAACAAAUGAACAUUCGUACUUGGCUCCGAGGCUUGGGAAAAUGAAACAGAAGAAGUCACUUCCUUCAGUGGAGGUUAAGGGAUGAAAAAGACUUUUUUUCUGUUAUUCCUCGAAGUCAAGUAUGAUAUAGAUUGUAUCAAAAUUGGUCUAACAUGCCACUAUGUGAUUCCUUUUCGUGAGAGAAAUGGCUGUCUUAUUUUCCCGAGGUGGUUAAGAACGUAUCACUUUCACUGUGAUUAGUGUUAUCAUUAAUAGUUAAAUAGAAAAUAAGAUAUACGAAUUGAAGCGUCAAUUUCCUUUGCUACAGAUUGGUUUAUAAAUAAAUAUGC